AUGUCAUCCAUGAUACUGGUGUGUCGCCUCUUCUGCGACAUCGGGCCGCGCCACUUGCUCGGCCUUCCUUUCGUCAUCAAGGGUUGGGAAACGCUGUCUUCCUUCUGUCACUUCAUGCUCUCACCCCGAUCCGACCGCACGUCACACCUCCGCCGAAUCCAGAUCGCGAUCCAACCAACGGAAGACAUCGUGGAGGCCCUCGACGACCCCGAUUGUUUGGAUGUCGAGAUCAGAGACGAGUACAAGACUCCGGAACAGCGCUGCGCGACCCUCCUGGCCCACGUCUUCAAAAGGGCCCAUUUGCUUCGGGACGUCCACAUCGACGACCUCGAAUCCCUCCUCUUCUACAGUCUCGAUCUGAUUGACGAGAUUGCGGCGCUCCCCAGCUUACGCUCCAUCACGGUCUCCGGGUACAGCCUGCGCGCGCGCCAGCUCCUCCACUCCCUCUCCUUCCCUGAGAACGUCACCCACCUCGGUGUCCACUUCGGACUGACCGCGCCCGCGACGGAGGCCGAACCCUCGCUUCCCGCCUUCACUUUCCAAGCACUCUGCGGCCUCCUCUCCCGCUUCCCUGCACUGACCUCCCUCUCCCUCUCCCACCUCAACCUCUCUAGGCUCAUCUUCCUGCCCGCCACCUCACAAUCGUCCAGCCCGCACGCUCAGCUCGAUCCUGAUGACGCCCCCUUCCCGGUCCCGGUCCUCUCCACCGUUCGCGCACUCACCCUGCACCGCAUCAUCGAUCCCCCGCUUGCCGCGCUCUCCCUCACCUUCCCCCACGCCCGUUCGGUCUCUCUCACGAACCUCGUCCACACCGACGUCGGUGCCCUGCGCGUGCACAACUCCGUCGCCCCGCGCUGGGUCGCGCUCGACACCCUCGCCGGAGACCCGCUCGCGCUCGUCGCCCUCUGCGUGCGCGGCACGCGCGUGGGCCAGGUCGUGCUCCACGCGCCCCCGCAGUGCCCCCGGGGCGUCUUCGUGAAUUGUGCGCGCGGAGUGCUGGAGGACGCGUGCGCGGCGGGCGUCCGGCUCGCGUUCCCUGUUGCGCACGCGCCGGAGAACAGGAGCGCGGAUCCGUGGGGCGCGUUCAAGGACAUCGCGCGCGAGUGCAGCGAAGGCACGCGAGCGGGCAUUGCCCACCUCGCGCUCGAGCUCUGCGCGCCGCUUUCCGAGGGGCAGACCCUGGAGAUCCCAGAUGUCUCCGCGUUCCCUGCACUCGAGACACUCGUCGUCUUUCUCCGUCGGAGUAACGCGCCGGGGACGACGCUCAUCCAUUCCGAUGCCUUGUCUUCUGGGAACUUCGUCGAGGUGCUCUCCCCAGACACCGCCGGGAGCGAGAACGCCGUUGCGACGCGGGUUCUGAUGGGGCUUCCUUCCAUGAAGCACUUUGCGUUGUGUGUCCCCGACGCGACACGCAUCAGGCACUGGGUGAAGGUGGCGGUGGACGGAACUGCGGGGCUGCAGGUGGUGAGGGAGAUAGACGAAGUGAUGGGUGCAGAGCUGCUGCGACGGUCGAACUUUGGGGAUCUGGGAACUGUGGCUUGA